AAGAUGAAGUAUUCUCUAAGUAGCUUUGCUAAACAGGGGGAGAGUAGUCUGAUUCACCAGCAUCAAUGUCCCAAGCUAGCGCCACACAGAGCUUAGAUUUACACAUUUAACCAAUAAGUUAAGGAACGCUAUAUUAGGAUAUUACCGUAAGAUACAUGUCCUUUUGCAGUCUGUCAUGUUUCUCGAGUGGGCUGACAACUGUAUCAUUAUUUCAUAAAGUAGUCUGAAAUAAAUGUAUUUACCAAGUUAUGUGCAGUCCUAUUUUACCAAACGUGUAAAAAUACUAGCCACGAAUGACCAUGAAGAUAUGGCUUCAAUCAACUUAAACAAAGAUAUAUCUGCAAUACUUAAUACUUGUAAUUGUUCUGAAAUUUGACACGUUAGUAAGGUAACAAAUCAUUUUGAAGACAUUCAAUAUCAAAAUACUAACAGUUCACGGUGUCACACAAAGGAAGUUGUUUGAGUUGCUCACUUUAGCCAUUCAAUAUAAGAAGAUGAAAGAAGACCAAAUUAAUACACAACAAAUUCACACAAGGUUUGCCAACAGAGCAAGUUGGUGUUCUUUCAAACAAAUGCAGUUAUUUAGAUUACCAAGUAUGGGCAUGAUAUACUAACAAACCUGAAGACAACUAAAUUGGGAUCUUCAUCUCAAAACCAAAAAGUGAACUUUUAUGGUGUUUAUAUAAACCUGUCAGUUUCCUCUCAAGUUCAAUUUUCAUUUAGACAUACAAAUGUCCAUGAAGCUUUAAUGCCGUUAAAACCAUGUUUCAACCACGUUAUAAAUAUGGGUUAUGGAAUGUCUCACCGCAUUCCUUGCAAUGCAACACGUCAUUGUGUUUGUGCAAAUUCUCAUGGUAUAGCUGGAUUAAAUAAUAAUGUCAUAUACACAUACCACACUAUUUAAAUGUAAUAGACCAGUUUUUAUUUUGUUAUUUAGGUAGCCUGCAGUUUAUAUAUUCCUAAAUCAUCUAUUAAACCUGCCAGUGGAGAUUAGGCACCUCGGUUAAACCCAAGAUGCAAAACCAUUACACCCAAUAAACAGGAUGUGUUUGUGUGGUGGUCUAUCUUAAAGGUUCAUUCUUUACCUUCUUAACUUGUAUCGCCGUUGUUGUAGUAAAUGACAGAUUUUUGUUUCGCACGUCAAACCAAAAUACUUCACCAGUUUGACCUUGAUGGGUCAAAGGUUAUGUCAAAUCAUCCUUGGUCAAUCAGCACAUAUCCAUGAAAGUAAGAUAUGGUAAUAGGAGCAUUGCUGUCAACUCACGACUUUCGAACAUUUACCAACAAUUUCAGGAGGGAUUUUUACUCUCUUCAAUUUCUAUGAAAUAGAAUCAGGUUACGUGGGGCAGUUACUUUUUUGGCCACUGUAUCAAGGCCACUAAUAUCAAUCACUGAAUGACAACAUGCUAUGUCAAUAAAGACAAGACAAUUUCUUGGCGUUUUUCAUCAUUUUUACUUAUACUUAUAACUUGCAUACAAUAUGUACAGCCUUUUUAUCAUGUACACCACAAUAGCAAACAUCGCUAUCAUUAUGUUUAAUCAUACAUUUGAUAAUAUGUUAUGAUUCCCAAAACAGUGUCUGUGCUUACAUACAUAAAGCGAUUUCCAUCGUGCAAAAUUUACGCUACUUUCUCCACAUUCACACACUUCACACCCUUUAAGAAGAAUGGCUUUGAGACAAAAAAUUAAGAUGGACAUACCAGAGGAAUAAUUUCGCAAAUGUCUAAAUUUAACCCAUUUUAGUAGAUUUUUACUGUACUGCAACCUGUACUUCGAGAAAAGGAAAACUGUUUCCAACUACAACUGAGUGGCGUUGUUGCGCCGGCAGGAGAGGAGAUGAUUCCCCCAGUUCACAUACAGCGAGCCAGGAAAAGCGGAAAAAUGCAGACAAACAGUCUCCGAAUAAGGCUUUACGAAGCAUCGGAGCUAAGGACGUGCUGCGGGGAGAUGUAAUGAAAUGGUGGCCCCGUUUAUACUAUGAUUUGUCGCGCUGUCUCUCCCGCAAACCCAAGUGUAAGGACAGCCGCUGGAUUCGUGAAGCGUCCCCCGGUUUCCACUCACUUUCUUGGCAUGCCUUUGGAGCUCGGUCUCGGCUUUUUUCGCUCCUUUCUUCACGCACUGAACGUCAAUACACGAAGACAGGGACACGACUGGUGCAGAGAAACGCAAUGGCUUUGUUGAAAUACUCAUAGUGCACAUAACGCUGUGCUGUCGGUGGGCUCGGCUCUAUGUCAAAAUAAAUCUGAAGAAAAAAGUAAGAAAUCAAAUAAUUGCAGGAAGAUGGCGCCCACCAAGCCGAGCAUUCAGCAAGACCCUUCAAGAAGAGAACGCGAUCCCUAUUGGGAGAGGCCAGCUAAUGCCAGCUCCUGUUCAGCCUCUAGGCCCAAGACACUACACCUGGGAGGGCAACAACACACUUCAUCACCAUGGUUGCAGGCUUUGAGGAAGGAGAAGUCCCGUGAUGCGGCGCGCUCGCGGCGUGGGAAGGAGAACUUUGAGUUCUACGAGCUGGCCAAGAUGCUGCCACUGCCGGGGGCCAUCACCAGCCAGCUGGACAAGGCCUCCAUCAUCCGCCUGACCAUCAGCUACCUGAAGAUGAGGGACUUCGCAAACGGGGGCGACCCGCCGUGGAACCUUCGCAUCGAAGGCCCGCCUCCCAACACCUCAGUAAAAGCUAUCGGAACUCAGAGGAGGAGGGGUCACACCGUCGUUGCCUCGGAGAUCUUUGAACCGCACCUCGGGAGCCACAUUCUGCAGUCCCUGGAUGGAUUUGUAUUUGCACUAAACAAGGAGGGGAGGUUUUUGUACAUCUCAGAGACGGUGUCCAUAUACCUGGGCCUCUCACAGGUGGAGCUGACCGGCAGCAGUGUGUUCGACUACGUGCACCCGGGCGACCACGCGGAGAUGGCAGAUCAGCUGGGCAUGAAGCUGCCCCCGGGCCGAGGCCUGCUCUCUCAGGGCACCGCCGAGGACGGCGCCAGCUCCGCUUCCUCCUCCUCCCAGUCCGAAACGCCGGAGCCAGUAGAGUCUACCAGCCCAAGUCUGUUGGCGCCAGAUAACACCCUGGAACGUUCUUUCUUUAUCCGGAUGAAGUCCACCCUGACCAAGAGAGGCGUCCACAUCAAGUCAUCGGGCUAUAAGGUGAUUCACGUCACUGGCAGACUGAGGAUAAGGAUGGCACUGACCCACAGUCGGUCUGUGCCCGUUCAGAUCAUCGGCAUGGUGGUGGUGGCACACGCCCUGCCCCCGCCCACUAUCAACGAGGUGCGCAUCGACUGCCAGAUGUUUGUGACGCGGGUCAACAUGGACCUCAACAUCAUCUACUGUGAAAACAGAGUUAGCGACUACAUGGACCUGACGGCAGUGGACAUCGUGGGGAAGAAAUGCUACCACUUCAUCCACGCGGAGGACGUGGAGGGCAUCCGGCAGUGCCAUCUGGACCUGAUCAACAAAGGUCAGUGUGUGACGAAGUACUACCGCUGGAUCCAAAAGAAUGGCGGCUACAUCUGGAUCCAGUCCAGCGCCACCAUCUCCUUCAAUGCCAAGAACGCCAAUGAGAAGAACAUCAUCUGGGUCAACUAUGUGCUCAGCCUCCAGGAGUACAAAGAUGUUCCCAUGGAUAUCGCACAGCUCCCCAAUCUCCCGGAGAAAGCAUCCGAGUCUUCCGAGACCUCCGACUCUGAGUCUGACUUCAAGGAUAACUCUGAGGACAACGAGAACAACUCUAAGUCGGACCGCAAGGGCAACCGGUCGUCGGAGAACAGCGAGGACCCAGGGCCCGACAGCAAGAAGCAGCCGCGGCAGCCAUCGCAGGAGCAGGAGAUGCGGCGCCAGGAGGAAGGCGACAGCUCCAGCAACCCAGAGAGCCAGGACAGCGAGGACAGCAUGGAGCCGUCCGACUGUGAGACCGAGAGCAAGGAGGGCCGCCUGGGCCGCCUCGGGGGUCUCCACAUCAAGGUGGAGCACUACGGCGACGCGGAGACCCUGGAGCUGCACGACUCCAACUCCUCGUCGUCUGAGGAGGAGGAGGAGGAUGAUGAGGAUGACGACGACGCGGAAGAGGACGACGAUGAUCACGGGGGGCUCAGCCCAAAGGAUUGUGGGAUGGGCGUGACGGAGCUGGCCGGCUCGGCUGCCAGCAAACACCAGAAGCGCAAGAAGAGGCGGAAAAAGCAAAAGUGGAACAGGAGGCAACGCAUGCGGCUCACAUCCAACGACCCCGCCAGCCCCCCCGCCGUGGACCCCAGCGUGCUGGGCGAGCAGCCACCGCUCCUGCCUCUGCCGUCGCCCGCCAGCGCCUCUGUGCUGAAGAUCAAGACGGAGAUGUCGGAGCCCAUCAACUUUGACAAUGACAGCAGCAUCUGGAACUUCCCGCCCAACCGCGAGAUCUCACGGAACGAGUCGCCCUACAGCAUGACCAAGCCCCACGCCCCCGGCACCGAGCCCUUCCCGUCCCCACAGGGGUCCUCAGGGCUCCAGGUGACCAUCCCUGAUUCGGUCCUCACCCCUCCCGGGACAGACGGUGGUGGAGGCGGUGGCGCUAGGAAACCGGGCUUCAACGGCAACGGCAACGGCAACAACGCCGGCACUCCCAACUCCACCUCGAGCGUCGGAUCCAACUUAGCCCCGCUGUCAAGUUCCUCCUCCUCCGACCCGCUCUCCCCGCCCCUGUCGGCAUCUCCGCGGGACAAGCAGCAUGGCGGCACGCCCACCACCUCCUCCUCCUCCUCCUCCUCAGGCGGCGGUGCUGGCAGCGGCUCUCUGCUCUACAGCGGCGACCUGGAGGCCCUGCAGCGGCUGCAGGCCGGCAACAUGGUCCUGCCGCUGGUGCACCGCGUCACGGCCACCAGUCCCUCGGCGUCCGCCCCCCGCGUCUACACCACGGGCACCAUUCGCUACGCCCCAGCCGACGUCACGCUGGCCAUGCAGGGCGCCAACCUGCUGGCACCCAACGCGCACGCCAUGAACUUCGUGGACGUCAACAGCCCCGGCUUUACCAUCGACCCCAAGACGCCCAUGGAGAUGCUGUAUCACCACGUGCAUCGGCUCAAUAUGUCGGGCCCGUUCGGCGGCGCCGUCACCGGGGCGAGCCUCACGCAGAUGCCCGCCGCCAACGUCUUCACCACAGCCGAGGGCCUCUUUUCCACCCUCCCCUUCCCAGUCUACAGCAACGGCAUCCACGCCACGCAGACUCUCGACCGCAAGGAGGACUGAAGCCCACCAACCCCGAGACCACGUUACUGUGUUAACGACUGUGUUACUAGACUCUUUUUCGAGAGAGACAGAAAAAAUAACGAACAAAAAAUAAAAGACGCAAAACUGUGUUUUCAAGUGGGAGACUGUGAGUAAUGUAAAAGGACAUUUGAAAUAAUUCUAGCACUUUGAAUUUCGAGCAAUUGCGCUUGUUGAAUUGAAAUGUAUGGUCCCCCUUCACCUUCUCCCUCCCCUUCCUCCUCCUCACUUCCCACAUCUUUUUCUAUCUUUCUAUCUCCCAUCUUUUCUCUCUUUCUAGAUCUUCUCUUUCUAUCUCUUUCUUACCUCCCUGCUGUCUAGGUUGUCAGUGACAUUUUUCUCCGAAUGGACUAAACUGACAAUUCCUUUUUGUCUCCAGAGAACUCACACCAGUGGGGUUACGGACUUCUCUGGAGGCAGAAUGAGGUGUACUUUUCAUUUGAGUCGAUUGUGUUGCAUCUCUACUCGGAUGCCUUGUAUAUUUAAAGGUGACUGAAGUGGAUGUCAGCAGAAGAAAAAAAAAAUACGAGAAACUGUGAUUGUUUCAAAACCAUAUCUUGAUGUGAUCAAGGUUGAUGAUGACAAAAAGGAUGUUGCCCUAUUUGACCUAGUUGAAGGGGUUCAUGAUUCUUUCUAAAUGAGGGAAUUAGUAUUUUAGAAAUUAAUGUUUUGUUUUCCUUUUUUUUAUAGUUCAGAUUUAACUUGCAAAUCAUACAUUUACUAAAACAAGCAAUUUCAGCCGGGUAUUGACCUGUGAAUAGAAUGUUACUGCAACAACAAUUACAACAAAAAAUGGAACAGGUCGGUGCAUGAUAUGGUAUCUCCCACUUCCAUGUUCUCCUUUGCAGAUCCAUGGUGCUACCAUCCGAUGACCCCUCACUCAGUUGACCGGUAUAGGCACUGUUCUAGGGCUAGAGAUGUACGAUGGUUCGGGAAGAUUUUUCUAGAACAGUCCAAACCUCUUGACCCCAAUAUUUUGUUUUCAAUCCCUACUACCUACCCAAACAUCCAUCUCAUACCCAUUCCUAGUCGACUGUUGGCUGAGCUCAAUGUAAUUGGGCGCUAGAAAGACAAAAAGGAGCAGGUUGGGUUUUUGUUGUUGUUUUUUUUUUUUUAAACGUUUGAAGUGAAUCACUUACUCUCUCAGUCUAGCUGAGACUAAAGACUUGAAAAUGAAUGUUAAAUAUGAAACAGGCUCCCUACCCCCCCUUCUCUCUUGAAGAUUUUUUUUUCUUUUUUCCUUUCAUUAAAACUCUCCCUUUGUUAUCUAAAGCCCAGCAUCUCUGCCGACCAUCUCCCCACCAAGCGGUUUCCUUCCACUGUACACUCAGACUCUGAAAUCACAUAUCAAGGAUGUUGAUACAAGGACAUGCAUUUCAGUCGGAAAUGUAAAAGAAUUCGUUUUUGGAAAAAAAUAUCACAUUCCUGAUUUUUUUCCCACCGUUGCCAAACAAUAUAUGAUUUUCUUUCACAGAUUGGUGUUAAAACACUGUGAUUUUUUGUCGUUUAAGAGAAAAAAAAAAGAAAAUGAUAGUAAUAAAAUUGAAAAAUACUGUCACUUCAUCCUUUGGCAGCCAUCCAUCCAGUCAUCUAUUACCAAGCGUGAAAUCCGUAAACGUGUACAAUGUGUAAGUGUCACUGGCUGUCAGUUUCCAUAGCGAUUUCAGUGUGUGUUACUAUAUGCAGUAUAUACCGAGCUGAUGUAGCUGUUUCGUCCUUUGUCUUCUCUGUGCUUUCUCUAGUCCGGGGUUGGCCACGGGGGUGGGGGGGGCUGCAGUGGUCCCCCCUCCCUCUCCAUUCCCCUCUGCAGUCUUAGUGAACCAGUUGAGGUUAGUGGAUUUUGUGUGGUGGCCUUCCCAAAUGUAGUGUCACCUUUUUUGCUGCUUUCCUUUCGUCUGUACUCCCUUUUUUCUGUUACCUGCUAUUGCUUUGCUGUCGUGUAGUCUUACAGACCUCUCUUUCUCUCGGAGAAAAAAGACUCUUAACUAGCUCAAAGGUUUAUGGAGCCAUUUCUUGCCACUGAGGAAUUCUGGGAUUGCAGUUUCCAGCUUGCAUUUACUCUAUGAAAAUUACGACAAAAAAAAAAAAGUAGCAUUUAGAUUUAACGACUAGACUGGAACCAUACAAGCCUCAGUUGCGAACACAUUCCCAGAGUCCCUUGUGCUUCUUGUAUGCAUUGGGUGUAUUUCAUUGGUUUCCACCAAACCUGUUGACUUCAAGGACCCUGCAACUCACAGGAAUUAAUAAAAAAAAAAUGUUCAUGGUAGUAUUUCAGGACAAUAAACAAUUUUAAAGAUUUCUAAAGAGAUAAAAAAAAAUAUUUCGCACUAUAAAUCUAUUUUUAUAGGUGUUUUGGAAUUGCAUGUUUAAUAAGUUGACUGUUUUGGUUUACUUGAUUUUGUUCGGUCCAGCAGCUUUGUCGAAGUUAAGUGUUUUUUAGUCUGUCCAGCAAAGGGAGGGAUUCCUUCGUCUUUUUAACCGAAUCAGGCUUUGCUCAUCAGGAAUAAAAAAUGUCUGUGGUUUGUUUCUGUAAAGAUGUUGCUGUUAACUCAAACCCAGGUCGUGAAAUAAAUGUUUUUAGACAAAAAAAAAAGUGACAAAAAAAAAAUGACAGGGUGGAUUGUUACCUUACAGAGCGGUUGCAGGAGAGCUUUUGGUGUCCAACAGACGAGAAAGAAAAAAAAGGGAUCCUAGCGUUCAGCAUUUUCUACGUAGCAAAGCAAUGAUGGGGUUUGGGAGACGAGAGAGGGGCAGCUCCGGAAACAGACACAGUGGACCAGGAAAUACACCCAUAUGUUACAAACAGAGCAGCUGGACGAGCUGCUUCAAUGUUUUUCUGUGUUGUGUCAAAAAUGAUUGCUGGUGAUUUAAUCUUAAACUAAUCUCAGCUGCUGUCAGAUAAAUAGUGUUUAAAAAUGACAAUAUGAAAAAUCACUUCAUUACCUGUGACAAACUGUGUCUGUGUUUUUAACUAUUUCUUGUACAAUUAUACAGAUUCUUUUAUGAGGAACUUGGUGCCAAGUAGGAAAAAAAACUAUGGGAGAAAAGGGGUUUCUCUUAGUCUCAAUGUUAACAGUGUUAUAAAUUCUAAAAAGCGAACAAAUUAAAAUAUUAAAAAAGAGAAAAAAAACUAUGGUACAUUUUUAUUUUAUUUUUUUGUUUGUUUUGUUUUUGUUUUCAGAGGAAAACAUGAACUAACUUAAGCUAACUUUGAGUGCCUGGCUUAUUUUUUGAAAAACAUCUUUUUUUGUUUGUUUUUCAUUGACCAUGAAUAAUGCUGCAACUCAGAAUUGUACAUACUUCAUUUUACAACAGGGUUCUUUUAUACUUUUGUAGGUUUUCAUUCAGUUUCAAAAGAAACAUGUCAUACAUGGUUGUCUUUCUGUAACACGGUUUUUUUACCAUCUUACAGGUGCCAUAUUCAUAAUAAACUUCUCUUGGAUUUGUCAAA